AUGGCCGACACUCUCCGCCUGCCGCCGAGCAGCUUUCAGUCUCGUGAGCCUUCGCUGGGUCGAAGACCAAAGAGACUGCUUAAUCCUAUAAUAGAAGAAGAUAGUGAUGAUGGCCGUGUUCAGAAUGCAGGAAUGAGCCAACAAAGGAGACGCGGCGACACUUCCCAGUUGAAGAUUGAGGCUUGGCUUUCGCCAAUGAGUGAUCAUUUCCCGACUCCGAGGGGAAUUCACUACCUCGCCGCCCCCGUCCUUCCGUCAUCACCGUCCACAGUAUCGGGAGAUGGUAGCUCUCCCACAACGUCGUCGAACCCGUGGAAUCGAGCCAGCGUCGCCACAGAGAAUACCGAGUUUGAGGAUCUUUACGACGUGUCCGAAGAGGAGGAUGAGGAUGACAUGGCACGGCGCUAUCAGCAACACUCGACGGGCAGAUUUGCUCGUGGCCCAGGGGUAGCCGGUCAGCCAUCAUCAAAGCAGCCAACCCGUCUCAUCAUUCCAGCAAAUCGACAUGAUCGUGACGAAGCUUGGUCUGCGGUAGACGAGCUCAAGAAAAUCACUUCGCCAGUCCCCCUUACCCCCUCGGCCCAGCUACCCAUGUCACCGGCGCAAAUGGACUUUAUCGGAAAACAGCAAGCGCUUGAAGUGCCGACUAUUUCGGCGCCGCCUUCUCUUGACGGAAGUCUGUCGUCUGAGCAGCUUGCUGCCAUGAGCGCACCGCCAACGCCAGUAAUUGGCAACGAUGAGGACACAACAGAGGAGACGGCCUGGACAGGCGUUCACCUUCAGCCUGAUGCGCUCGCAACGCUACACGCCUUGUCUGGAGGAGACGGCUCCGAGGCAGACGACGAACACCUACACCAACGUCCUGUACAGGUAAUCGAUGUUUCCAUGGCCCCGGUGGCCGUCGAGAUGCGACAGCAACCCUUGCGCUUGGUGACGAGCUUUGUGCCUCGGACAACUUCAGGCACGAUACAUUCGCCCAAUCCCAUCCGACAGUCUCUUGCAGGCUUGACAAGACUGGAUAUUCCCUCUCCUAGUGGCUUCUUUUCGGGGCUGUCUCCGCGAACCAGGACCACCUGGCAUCCGCCCAGCAAGUCUCCUGUAGAGAUGCCUCCCCCAACCUCGACCACGGCUGAGCAGUUUUAUCGAUGCCCGUGGAACAUUGACCUCUCUGUGCCGCCACUCCCAAAACGCCCCGACUCUGCCGAGGGCUUCUACAGAAGCGUCAACAUAUCGUCCGCGCCUGUUGAGCAGGUUAUUGAAGUACAAGAUGACGACGACGAUGUGACUGACGGUAUGCCCACCGCACGACCCGUGAUUCAACAUCAGGAUUCCAACGAUUCCGGUGAGACCAUCAAAGCGCCAGCCCCAUCAUCGCCAACCAAGGUUGCCGAGGAGGCGCCGGUCGAGAUUGUUGUCGACUACGAUCCCGACUAUGCCAGGAAGCAGCAAAAGGAGGCUCUGUCUCAUCUGGAUCGCACUGAGCUGUGGCUCAUGGCACAGAGGGCGUACCUCAAGGGGGUCGACGACGAUGCCGAUGGCGACAAUGCGGCUCUCAAGACCAUUGAAGAAGCACCAGAAGAGGAGGAGGAAGAAGUGCGGCCCGAGCCUGAGCCCCCGUCCGAGUCUCUGCCAAAGAAGAAGGUUGUUCGGUUUUCCAAUGUCAUCACAACCACCCUGCAGCCAAAGCGCCUCCCCUCCAAGCUUCUUCGGCAAGAGUCAGCCUACUACAGAGCCUUUCAAGACUACAUUGUCCGGACACACCUUCAAGACGUAUUUGUCCAGCAGCUUUCUCGCUUCGAGGCCCUCCAAGCUCAGCGAACAGCCCUGCGCGAGACCCAUCGCAACCAGCUUCUGGGCAAGUAUCAGCUGAGUGUUGUUCCCCAGUCGGCAAAGAAGCGUCUCAGCGCCAAUGUGGCCAGAGGCGACCACAUCUUGACGGAUGAUCCUGAAAAGCUGCGCAAGGAGAAGGAAUACGAGGCCAUGAACCAGAUGACCAUGGCGACCUGGCACGUGGCUGCCCUCAAGUUUCUAAACGGCGGGCGCCUGAUUAUGGCACCGGUUACCAAACGACUGGCUCGACUCUCCCAUUUGGCUCUCCCCAGCAAGGAUGGCGGUGUUGCUCGCGAUAGGGCUCGAAUUCUCGAUCUUGGAGGUCAGUCGACGUGCGAUUGGGCAUGGCACUGCGCCCUUCAGUACCCAAACACCAAGAUUUACACGGUGACGACCAAGGCCAUUCGCCAGCUUUCAAAUUCCAACGUCCGAGGCCCUCCAAAUCACCGCCAAGUUGCCGUAGAGCGCCUUUCCAAGCUGCCUUUUGCGAAUGACCAAUUUGAUUUGAUCUCGGCUCGCGAGCUUCAUGGAAUACUCAAAUUUGUCGGCGAGAAUGGCGAAGACGAGUGGGAGAGCUGCCUGCAAGAGUGCAUGCGAGUUCUCAAGCCCGGUGGCUACUUGGAGUUCUCCAUCAUGGACUCCGACAUCAUCAAUGCCGGGCCGCUUGGUCUUGCCAAGAGCGUAGAGUUUGGCUUUGCACUCAAAACCUUGGGUUACGAUCCAAGUCCGUCAAAAAUGUGGCUCGGCCGACUGGCUCGCGCGGGAUUUGACAAUGUCCGUCGUGCCUGGGUGUGUCUUCCGGUAGGUGCCAAGCGCAAGAUGAGCAUCCCGCCAACACCACCCUUAAAGGAUGACGUCUCGAUCAAGAGCGGCGGCAAGGUGUGUCAAAUGGAUGCCAUGGUCAUGGGUAGCAGUGACAAUAUUGCCAAUGUCUGCAGCAUCGUGGGCGGCUGGAGCUGGGAACGGUGGCUCCUCCGGUGUGAGAUGGAAAAGGUGGCGGGCGAGAUGCGCCUGGUAGAUACUGUGACGACUGGGGCGGCGAUGAAGGAGGCGGGUAAGUGCCUCGAGGGAGUACAUGCGGUGAUGGAGGAGGGAAGAAGUUGCAAGGCUGGCCUCCGGAUGCUCAAUGGCUAUGCGAGGAAGCCCAAGCGGUGCAGUGAUGUGAUUCAAAUUGCACUGGCGCAGUGA